AUGUCUACAUUGAAUUCCUUCUUUACAACAAGAAAGUCGAGGAGCACUUGCAUCAAUAAAGAAAAGACGUUGGCAUCUUCAGAGAGUGAGGCCAGCAAGCCAUCCUUCGCAGUACAAGCACCACAACCUGUCUAUGAAGCCCUGCCCAAACAACUGACAGUUUCCAAUAAGUAUGGAGCAAUAAAGAGUAGUGCUGCCAAAAAGAAGCCUUCACAGGACAACAGCAAAAGCAGAAACUCAAUUCUACACUACCUGUCUCCUGUAAAAACGAUCCACCAUACCACAGAGGAAGCUGUUGCUACUACUCCUCUCUGCCAGAUUCGCCAAAAUAUACCUGUAAAUCAUGUUUGGAAUAUCAUUCUUGAAGAGUUUGAUCCUCAAUCGCAACCCAAUCAAUUUGAGGCCUCUCCCUCGCCAUCGCCAUCGCCUACCAUCGAAAAGGCUGAUCUAUGUACAGUCAAUGACAUGUUGAUGAGCAAUAAUAGACGACGCAAGUUGGAGGACUCUACAUGUAGAUGCGUUCGCAUCCGCACUGUAGGACCUACUGUUUCCUCCAUGGACAUUUUCCGUAUUGAAGACUAUUUAUUUGAGGAUACCAACGAGAAUUUAUCACGACCACUUCGAAACAAGCACACACUCAGGGAGAGCAAUGAUCUUUUCACGGAGAUGUUGGCGAGUUUAAUGUAUCCAGAAUAG